CUUGCGGCUGACCGUUUCAAAAUCAGUUUCGAGCUGUCAAGCAAACGUGCAGCAUCACCGUUCAGUGCGCACUCGCCUCACCAGCAAAACCAAACCAAAAUUCAGCCGAGACUGUUCUAACAACGAUACCUUGUGAUCAUCUCAACUGAAGCGCAGAAGUAAAAAGUGUUGACAGCAGCACCCGCAAAACCCCUCCGACGGAUUACUGCAGAGGACAUGGCUGUUUCGGCUCUCAACAUGACUCCCUACUUUGCUGGAUAUCCAUUCCAAGGACAAGGUCGCGUCAACCAACUCGGUGGCGUCUUCAUCAACGGGCGGCCCCUGCCCAACCACAUUCGCCGCCAGAUCGUCGAAAUGGCGGCCGCCGGGGUUCGUCCCUGCGUCAUCUCCCGCCAGCUGCGCGUCUCCCACGGCUGCGUCUCGAAGAUCCUCAACCGCUUCCAGGAGACCGGCUCCAUCCGGCCGGGCGUGAUCGGCGGCAGCAAGCCCCGCGUGGCCACGCCAGACAUUGAGUCCAGGAUCGAGGAGCUGAAGCAGUCGCAGCCCGGCAUCUUCAGCUGGGAGAUCCGCGCCAAGCUGAUCGAGGCCGGAGUCUGCGACAAGCAGAGCGCCCCCUCGGUGAGCUCCAUCUCGCGCCUCCUCCGCGGACCAACCGGAGCGGGAGCGGGAGCCUCGCACAGCAUCGACGGCAUCCUCGGCGGAGGAGCUGGCUCGGCGGGCAGUGAGGACGAGAGCGAGGACGACACCGAGCCCAGUGUGCAGCUGAAGAGGAAGCAGCGCCGCUCCCGCACCACCUUCUCCAACGACCAGAUCGACGCCCUGGAGCGCAUCUUCGCCCGGACUCAGUACCCAGACGUGUACACCCGCGAGGAGCUGGCGCAGAGCACCGGGCUGACCGAGGCCCGGGUGCAGGUCUGGUUCUCCAACCGGCGCGCUCGCCUGCGCAAGCAGCUGAACACGCAGCAGGUCUCCAGCUUCGCCCCCACCGCCGCCGCUCCCUACGGCGCCACAGCCACUGCCACUCCCAACGGCAUCGCCAGCUCUGCACCUGCCCCCCACAUGGGCAUGGGCCUGUACGGCUCCCAGGCCUGGCCGACGUCCGGAGCCGCCUACGAGAACAACGCCGGCUACGGCGGCUCGGUGGCAUCCAUGUCCCCGGCCAGCAGCACCUCCGGCAGCAGCUCCGCCGGCCACAGCCCCGCGCAGGCGCAGGCGCAGGUCCAGCAGCCAGGAGCCGGAGCCGAGUUCAUGAACUCCGCCUACGGCGUGGGACCGGCCAGUUCUGCCUACCCAGCCUCCGGAUCGGCCGGCUACUCCAUGCCCCCCUCCGCUGCCACGUCCGCCGAGCAGCUGCGAUCCCAGUUUGCGUCCGCCGCCGCCUCGGGCUCCCACCACCCCUCCUCGUGGGAGAGCUACAACUUCGCCGGCUCCUUCUUCCCCCCCUCCGCCUCCGCCAGCAGCCACAUGGGCGGCUUCCAUCACCAGGUGGAGCAGAAGAGCUCGAUGAUGGGAGCUGCUCCCACCUAUCCAUACUUCGGGUUCUAGGGAAUUAUGACGUCCCCCUCCUUUCCUUUUACUGGAGUGGCUUACUCUCCUUGUAGUGGUAGAAAUUAGUUGUCAUUUGAACUUUAAGACUGUUUAAAAUUAUUUUAAGUCCAGCGUAAGAACACAUGUUUUUCUAUAUGUAACACAAUGAGCUACAA